AUGAAAGGUAUAGGACGAAGAUUUUUCUCAGUUAAUCAUUUCUUGAGAUCGCAUAUAGGUGCAAGCCCGUUAUAUACGACCCCUGAAACAAAGAUCACCCUGGGUAUGCUAACCGCGCCAAAAGUCAUAAGGAAAGGAAAACGAUCACUUAAGUUAUCUCAAUACGUUUCAAUUGAUGGUCCAAAGGGAAGUUUAAGACUAGAAAUUCCAGACUUUGUUGAUAUUGUACCUGAAAAGACGGAAUCAGAAUCAAGUUCUAAGUAUUUUGUUACUGUGAAGAAUCCAUCCGACGUUAUGCAAAAAUCCAUGUGGGGUACGGUACGAUCACAUAUCAAUAAUAAUAUUACAGGAGUUAAUGAAGGUCAUAUGUCCAUAUUAAAAUUCGUCGGUACUGGUUACAGAGCAUCAAUAGAAAAGACUGAUAACGGCGGAAAUUUUGUUAAUGUUAAAGUCGGUGCGUCCAUCAAGCAAGGAUUAGACGUACCAGAUGGUAUCAGGGUUGAAACACCUGUUCCUACGUUAUUGAUCAUUGAAGGAUGUGAUAAACAACAAGUUUCCCAAUUCGCUGCUAAAAUUAGAAAAUUUCAUCCGCCAGAGCCUUAUAAGGGUAAAGGUAUUUAUGUUAAUGAUGAAACAGUGAAGUUGAAGAAUAAAAAAAUUAAAUGA